CCGGGAGUCGGAAAGGAAGGCUCCGGGAGGUGCCUGACUAUACCGGUGCUUGGCUGUGUUCUAGCGUGGCCGUUUGUGUGACCGGUGGGGGACCUGCAGUCGGAGUGGGAGGGACAGUCUGCACCCAAGAGGUAGAAGAGGACGGGCUUUAGGCUGGAAGCGCCUUAGAGGAGCCAUUUUUCCAGGAUGCCUGGUUUGCUUUUGUGUGAACCGACAGAGCUUUACAACAUCCUGAAUCAGGCCACAAAACUCUCCAGAUUAACAGAACCCAACUAUCUCUGUUUAUUGGAUGUCCGUUCCAAAUGGGAGUAUGAUGAAAGCCAUGUGAUCACGGCUCUUCUAGUGAAGAAGAAAAAUAAUGAAUAUCUUCUCCCGGAGUCUGUGGACCUGGAGUGUGUGAAGUACUGCGUGGUGUAUGAUAACAACACCAGCACCCUGGAGAGACUCUUAAAAGAUGAUGAUGAUGAUUCAGACUCUAAUGGUGAUGGCAAAGAUCUGGUGCCUCGAGCAGCCAUUGAGUAUGGCAGGAUCCUGACCCGCCUCACCCGCCACCCCGUCUACAUCCUGAAAGGGGGCUAUGAGCGCUUCUCAGGCACGUACCACUUCCUCCGGACCCAGAAGAUCAUCUGGAUGCCUCAGGAACUGGAUGCAUUUCAGCCAUACCCCAUUGAAAUCAUGCCAGGGAAGGUUUUCAUCGGCAAUUUCAGUCAAGCCUGUGACCCCAAGAUUCAGAAGGACUUGAAAAUCAAAGCCCAUGUCAAUGUCUCCAUGGAUACAGGGCCCUUUUUUGCAGGCGAUGCUGACAAGCUUCUGCACAUCCGGAUAGAAGACUCCCCGGAAGCCCAGAUUCUUCCCUUCUUACGCCACAUGUGUCACUUCAUUGAAAUUCACCUUCACCUUGGCUCUGUCGUUCUGAUCUUUUCCACCCAAGGUAUCAGCCGCAGUUGUGCCGCCGUCAUAGCCUACCUCAUGCAUUAUAACGAGCAGACCUUGCAGAUGGAGUCUUGCUGUGUCACCCAGGCUGGAGUGCAGUGGCAUGAUCUCGACUCACUUGCAAGCUCUGCCUCCCGGGUUCAUGCCAUUCUCCUGUCUCAGCCUCCCGAGUAACUGGGACUACAGGCACCCACCACUCAAUUUCUUUAAUAUAUGUAGGCCUAUUCAGAUUGUCUGUUUCUUCUUGUGUGAGUUUUGGCAGAUUGUGUCUUUCAAGGAAUUGAUCAAUCACAUUUGUGGAUAUGAAUAUUCUUUUAUUAUCCUUUAAAUGUCUGUGGGAUCUGUAGCAAUGUCUCCUCUUUCACUUCUGAUAUUAGUAAUUUGUGUCUUCUCUUUAAGUUAGCCUGGCUAGAGGUGUAUCAAUUUUAUUGAUCUUUUCAAAGAACCGGCUUUUGGUUUUUUUGAUUUUCUCUAUUGAUUUCCUGUUUUCAAUUUCAUUCUUUUGCAUGGCAUAUCUAGUUUUCCUAGCACCAUCUGUUGAAAUGACUGUCCUUUUCCCCCAUUGAAUGGUCUUGGCAUACUAUCAAAAAUUCCUUGACAGGCCCGGUGCAGUGGCUCACACCUGUAAUCCCAGCAGGUUGGGAGGCAGAGGU